ACCUUCUACUGCCGAGACUGUCGAGUGCCGUUGUUGUGUCUUUCCAUUACAUACGAUAAUUUUGCGAAUUUACUUGUGAAUAAGUUUUGUUCUGAGAAGAAAACAGUCACUAUUAGGUAGAUUAUAAAUCUAGCAUCCACAUAACAUCAAAUUUCAAGUUCUUUCGCAAUAUCCCUAUUGGUAGAUACGUAUACCUACAUACAUUUCGUGCCAUUGGUGUCGCUGCGAAGAAAUAAACAAUGGACGAGGAUAUGCCGCUAACUGAUACGCCCGACUGUCCUCCGGAUCAGGAGUCUCAAGAAAAUCAGGAACUGGUUCAAGUUAAAGGGAAUGGGGAUGCUGCAGAUGUGAGCGGUGAGAUUAUAUGCGUGAACUUGUCGCAAGAAGAAGAUCUAGUGAAGGAAGAAAGUGGAGGUGAUUGUCCUGCUGCUGUCUGCGUUGACCUGGAGCAAGAAGAUACGCUUGCUAAGAAAGAAAGUGGAGGUGAAUGUCCUGCUGCUGUCUGCGUGGACCUGGAGCAAGAAGAUACGCUUGCUAAGAAAGAAAGUGGAGGUGAAUGUCCUGCUGCUGUCUGCGUGGACCUGGAGCAAGAAGAUACGCUUGCUAAGAAAGAAAGUGAGGGUGAAUGUCCUGCUCUUGUGGAUACUAUCAGUGUCCAAGACACUGAGCCAAAAGACGUUUCGGUGGUGGCGAAUGUCACUCAAAAAGCCAAACCAGAAGAAAAGCAUGACCCUUACUUUUACACAAAUCAGGACCACUUCACUUCAGAGAUAUUUAAGAUCGAGCUUCGCAGGCUGCCCAAGUUCUACGGCCUUGGUGAGUUGAAGAAAUUAAUCAACACCACCCUUCAGCUGGAUUCAAAUAAAGUGAAGCCAACUAGCGGAAUCAGUAAGACAUCUGUUUUUGUUUGCUUCCGUAGCGAAGCUUCUAAGCAAAGCGGCCUGAAAAUUCUGAAUGGAUACAAGUGGAAAGGAUCUGUUCUUGAAGCCAUUGAGGCAAAGCCGGCAAAAGAUCCGCUUAUGCUGAAACGAAAAAAAGAUGCUGUUCAAAACCAGGGAAAUAAACAAGCUAAACUAGAUGAUCAAUCUCAAAUAUUGAUGUAUGUGAAAAACCUCAAAGAUGUGACGACGCCCUACUGGAUCCAUACAUAUGAAGAGCAGAUCAAAAUGAAAACUACAAUUGUUCGCAACGUCAUGCACACUUAUGCCAACCACUUGUCAAAAGGCUACUUGGGUCAUUGGGUUGAAUACCAGAAAUCGCUAAACAACGGCCUCAUUUGUCCCUUUGAACCUUUCCGUACUGUCAAGAACACAACAGGGUACAGGAAUCGCUGCGAAUUCACCAUUGGUCUUCAUCCAGUGACGAAAGAGCGAGUUAUUGGCUUUCGAAUUGGGGCGUAUACGAAGGGCGAUUGCUCAGUGCUGCCGGUAGAUGAGUGUCUGCACGUGAGCGACGUGGCCAAGCAGUGCGCCCGAGUGUUCCAGGAAUUCGUGGUGUCCUCAGAGUUAGAGCCACAUGACCCCAUCAACAGGAAGGGCCACUUCAAGACUUUGGGUGUGCGUAACACAACCACGGGACAGGUGAUGGUCACGCUUGAAGUCUGCACCACAGGCCUCUCCCAGGAGCAGAUUACUAAAUUGCGUGCUGAUUACAAAAACUUCUUUGUCUCUGGACCUGGCCAAGUACUUGGUGUCAACUCUCUGAAUUUCAGGGAACUUGAUGUGCAAACUAAGAAAGGUGACAACUUCAGACCUGUGGACCAUAUUCAUGGUGAGAGGUUCAUCGUUGAAAAGCUGCUUGGCUAUGAGUUUCAAAUUUCGCCUGCGUCAUUUUUCCAAAUAAACACUGCUGGUGCUGAAAUUCUCUACUCAACCAUUGCCGAAUUGGCAAAUCCUAAUGAUAAAACCACUGUGCUUGACAUCUGUUGCGGAACUGGCACCAUAGGCAUUUCUAUGGCAAAGAAAGCGGGACAGGUUUUGGGCGUGGAGAUUAUCAAAGCAGCUGUGGAAAACGCUAAGCAGAACGCGAUUCACAAUGGUGUGGCUGGCACUUGUGAUUUUUUCACUGGCGACGCCCAAGAUGCUCUGCAGCCUACCAUAGUGAGGGCCAAGUACGACAAUAUUGUGGCCAUACUUGAUCCUCCCAGGGCAGGGCUAGGAAACUCCGUUCUCAACAUGAUCAGAGCCACCUGGAAAAUCAAGCGGCUGGUGUUUGUGGCUUGCAACUUCAAUGCUUCGUUCCUGAAUCUUGUACACUUGGCAAAACAGGCAUCUAAAACGACUCCUGGAGACCCGUUUUUGCCUGUUCGGGUGAUUCCCAUUGACAUGUUCCCGCACUCAAAGCAGUGCGAGGUGGUCAUUCUGCUUGAAAGGCGGUCAGUCGCUUCACUUGACGUUCCCAUGUCCAUCCGGGUUAAAGUGCCUGAGGGCAAGGGGGCCGCAACCAAAAAGCUGCCAAAAAAUAAACAAGUGCAGCAGCAACAGCAGUUUAAGCAGCCGCCGCAGCAUUUCUACGAAUCACAACAUGAUCAGCCUGAGGAUGUCGAGUUCCUGGAGGAAGAGUGCUAUGACGAUGAUGAGUUUGAUAAUUAUGAAGAGGCUGACGAUGUUGACUAUGAAGAAGCUGAAGCUUAUGCUAGACAAGUAGCUUACGAGGAAGCUGAAGAUUAUGCGUAUGAGGAGCCUCAGGUCAACUACAGACGAGUGAUGCCGCCAAACUUUAAAAUGCCAAGCAUUGCAACGUUGAAAAAGACGAAUCCACUCGCAAGCAAAGCGACACUUAGGAUAAAGAAGUAUAAACUGAAAAAGAAAGCCAUGGAAGAGUGGCAACAAUCACAGAACAUCCAGUUUUCCAAGAAGGGAAAUUCGAAGUCUCCGUGGCAGACGCCGUUCCAGCCGGUACCAAGUGGAGCAGCAAACAUCCCCAGGGGCAACACGAAGAAGGGUGCCAAUUUCGCGGGCCCUUCUAACUUCCAAAGAGGAAGACACCAAAACCCGUUUGGCCAGAACCAGCGUAUGCAGUCACCCUUUACGCCGAUGGCCGAUCAAUUUGUUGCUCCUCAGCAGCCAAUGCAGCAGUUUGCACCAGCUUCGCCAUUUAAGCUGCAAGCAGCGCCACUACAGAUGCCGCCGCGACCGGUGUUCAGGGAAAUGUCCAGUCAAACCGACUGCAAGGAGUUCAUGAGCGCCAACGAGCUGGACGAGGCCGAGCGGCUGGGCCUGAAGUGGGGCAGCCGCGUGUCGGACGGCACACUGCACGAUUAUCGCAGAAUGCAAAAAGAGGAAGAAGAGGCUGUGCAGCGCUUUCGCGAGGGCUUCCUCUCGGCUCUCAGACUCAAGCAGAAAAAGCUGCUCAGUGAAAUCGCUAGGAGUGGUCCUCGCAAGGAAACGUGGGAAGACAACCAUCUCUACACCAGGAGGGAGAGUAGCAGGUCGACUAGUUCACCGCCCCGCAGAGACUGGUACGAUAACAACUGGAAGAAGAAUGACUCUUCUGCUGAGCAAUAUAGCCGAGGCUGGAACAACGACGACUGGAAAAAGAAUGACUCUUCAGCUGAGCAAUCUAGCCGAGGCUGGAGCAACGACGACUGGAAGAAGAAUGACUCUUCAGCUGAGCGAUCUAGCCAAGGCUGGAACAAAGAUGAUUGGAAGAAUAAUGACUCUUCUGCUGAGCAAUCCAGCCGAGACUGGUACAAUGAGAGGUAUGAUAGGCGCCGGGAAUCUUCUAGCCACUACGGCUCUGGCCCCCUGCGGAAGCCUGCAGCACUGCAAGUCUUCUCAGAGGAGCUGUGGUCAGACUCAGUCUCAUCCCAAACGCCAGCAGCACCCAUAAUCAGUGACCAGAGGGACAAAUAUUAUAGUCCCAUCGCUUCUGCGGUAAGCUCCUCUGCACCUUCCUCUGCCACUAACAUGUACUCAGGAAUGAAGCCGAGUGCUACUUUCCCAAACACAGGCUCCGAUUAUUAUCAAAAUACAGGUGCCUCUUUCCAAAAUGCGUCAUUCCAGUCAAAAUCUUCAGACAACUACACCUAUGCAGCACCACAAACGGACUUUGCCAACACCCCCGCUAUGACGCAAUGGUCCAGCAAUCAGACUUGGAAUUCAAGGCGCACUAAUAAUUAACGGCAGCUUUUGUUUAGUUUAAUUUGCUAUACAUUAAGUCAAUAAACAGUACAUUACGUAAUUAAA